AGAAAAGAGAAAAGGAAAAAUCGUCCACCUCAAUCAAGGCACCGUCUUCCUCUCUUCCCUUCAUCCACAAACGAAAGAGCCGAGAGCGGCAACAGCACGAUUCCCUCUCCUCUUGGACUUCUGGAGGGAAAUUAAGAAAGGAGAAAAGCCUUGUCCGCUUUGGGUCUUCAAUACCCCCUUGAAGUUUCUUGCUUUGUUGGGGGAGACAUCUUCAUGGGUUCCUCAUCGUUGGUUAACGUCCGAUGUCUGAGUUUGAGACCAUCGACACCAUCACCAACAUCGUCAUCGUCAGUUCACGCUUCUUCGCUCAAGCUGCUCCAGCCCACCGUAACCAAUGGGAUAGUCCUCUCUAGAAGAAAGAGGGUUCAUCUCUCUUCCGUUGUACUCAAUAAAAAAACUAGUUUCUUCAAUGGCGGAGUUGAAGCUUUGCAAGUAUCAGGCAUAUGCACCAGCUAUUCAAAUAGAUCCAGACAUGUUGGACGUGGUAGAGGUGCUCUUGGUGCUAGGAUGAACUUAUUUGAUCGACUUGCAAGAGUUGUUAGGUCAUAUGCAAAUGCACUAUUGAGUUCUGUAGAAGAUCCAGAGAAGAUAUUGGAACAAGCAGUACUUGAAAUGAAUGAUGAUUUGACAAAGAUGCGCCAAGCUACUGCACAGGUUUUAGCAUCUCAGAAGAGAUUGGAGAACAAGUAUAAAGCUGCAGAACAGGCUUCAGAUGAAUGGUAUCGAAGGGCUCAACUUGCUCUUUCAAAAGGAGAUGAAGAUUUAGCUCGAGAGGCUCUUAAGAGGCGAAAAUCUUAUGCGGAUAAUGCAGCAUCCUUGAAAAGUCAACUUGAUCAGCAGAAAAACGUGGUCGAUAAUCUUGUCAGCAAUACAAAGCUUCUGGAGAGCAAGAUACAGGAGGCCAAAUCGAAGAAAGAUACGCUAAAAGCACGGGCACAAUCUGCAAAGACUGCGACAAAAGUUAACGAGAUGUUGGGAAAUGUCAACACCAGCAGUGCACUUUCUGCAUUCGAGAAGAUGGAAGAAAAGGUGCUGGCUAUGGAAUCACAGGCAGAGGCCCUUAAUCAGUUGUCGACUGAUGAUCUUGAUGGGAAGUUUGCCUUAUUAGAAAGUUCAUCUGUUGAUGAUGACCUUGCAAAAUUAAAGAAGGAACUGACAGGGAGCUCCAUGCGUGGUGAGCUUCCGGCUGGUAGAUCAGCUGUUAGCAGCAGUUCAAAUUCAUCCUUUCCAUUCCGUGAUUCGGAGAUUGAACGGGAGCUUAAUGAACUCAGAAGAAAAGCUAAGGAAUUCUAGGUUUGUGAGCAGCGGGGAUUCUGGAAGUCUGAUGGACCAACCAAUCAUGAGUUCCCGAUCAAUUUUCACCUGAUGUCUUCAUUAUGAGUAUUUGAUCAUAAGCUAAGGUUCAGGUGUUCUAGAGGUUGGGAAGACAUAAUUAUCUUUCAUGUUUGUAGGAUCAUAAGCGUUGUGCUAUCGAUGUACAGAAAUUUCAUCAAUGUGUAGUGUGUAGGCACUGAUUUUUUUUUCUCAGCAAUUCCAAUGUGUACGCUUUAAUAUUUCAGCAGUUUCAUCAAUGUAAAGCAAUAACGUUUCUUGUC